ACUGUAUUGUUUUCUUCGCAAAAUGGCUGAAGCUACUGGCUCGAAGCUGACCGCCCAAGAAAAAGGCAAAACAAUCUUUCUGGAUGUGUUCCGAAGAGCAGAUAAAAACGAUGACGGAGCACUAUCGUGGGCAGAGUUCACAUCUUUCUUCAGUGAUGGAAUACUUUCUACAGAUGAUUUAAAGAAACUCUUCAAUGAUAUUGAUACCCAUAAUACUAAUAAUUUGGACACCUCAGAAUUAUGUGAGUUUUUCCUCAAAGAAGCAGGACCAUUCUCAAAGGUGUUUGAAGGUCUUGAAGACAUGAAUGCUGCAGUCAGUGAAGCAUUAUUUGAAUCUUCUAAGGCUUAUUCAAACCAGUCAUUUAUUGGGAAAUUCAUAACAAGAUUCCUUCUUAAAGAGGUCCUUGGACAGUUAGCAUCCUUGGAACACCAUGUUGAUGUUGCCGUUGACAAGAUAGAUGAAAUGGAGAAUGACGAGAGGCCAGAAGUUGUCCAAGCAGAAAUSACAAAUUUAAAUACAAGUGGAGGRAGAAUGAGAAGAAAACAGGCCAAUUUUUCACAACAGACAAGUGUUGAUGCUGGUGCUGUAAGAAAUGUCCUUUCUCAAGAGGUUAACCGUCUGGCWGAUUUGAUCAGCAGGCUUGAAAAUAAGGUUAAAUUUGAUGUUGUUGAAGAAGAGGAAACAAAUAUUGAACUAAAUGAAAUGGUACUGAUAGUCUCGAGAAAGUUCAAUGUGUCUGACAAGAAUUUGACAGCAUUCCGAUCAAACUUGAAGGCUUACAUUGGUGCUACUAGCUUACAAAAUGGAUGCCGACAUCUGAGUGUGCGAUCAUUCAGUGGUACCAGCACAUUUAUUCUUUAUGAGAUCUGGUCCAACAGUGAAGAUCUUCACAGGCAUUAUAGUGGUCAGACAUCCAAGACAUUUAUGCACAGCAAUAUAGACAACCUUGAGCAGCCGGAGGAAUAUAGCAAAAUGGCCAUUCCAGCUUCUUGGUGGGCUGGAACGUGUGACUGAACCAGAUGAUACCUACAGUAUUGCAAAUUCACCCUGACGUCAUUUAUCUAUAGUCUUCAGUGGAUGAACUUACACAUAUUGAAUCACACACUUCUGUCAGGACACUUGACAACCAAUCAGAUUGGAACUACAUGCACUGCCAGUUCUUGAAACCUGUUGCGCACACCCUUUUUUGUUACGAUGGCUUUUGAUAAAAUGUUGUCGCUCAAAUAAAUAGCGUACCUAAAUCUCUGAAGCCAAUGACAAAGUAAUUUUUUCGUUUCAUGUUGUAGAAUGUAAUUAUGAAAUUUGAAGUAAAAUCAAAGUCAUUCCUCUUUGUAACUGCAAAGACACGUUAGCGAAGCUGGAAAAAUCCAGACAAUGAUUUCAUGUAGUUUUUAGCUUGUUGUAUUAGCGAUAAUGUCAAUCUUUAGUAAAUGUUAGGUCAGAAAUCUUAACAACAAAGGUCAUUCAGUAAUUUUAAUUAUUUUAAUCCCAUUUCAGUGUUCAGCGGUUGCGAGUCUCAAGUCAACACGCACUUAGUAUUUAUAUUCGCGCGCACUUUUUAAUUAUGUAAUCUAAUUAUUGAUUUAUCUUCAAUUAAUUGAUUGUUCGUCGUGUAAUUAAAGUGACAUAGUAAAGACAAA